UCGAGCAAAAACGAUGAGCUGAUGUUUAAGAGAUUGAAAAUUGAAAAUCAAUUACAUGGAAGAUAAAAGCAACGAAAUCAUAAUUUUAGCAUUUCUGUAUGGUGUAGACUUAGUAUUUUAUUAACGAUUGUUGAUCUAUUCGUAUGCGUUGCAUUUCUCGUAUUAACUUCUCAAAGAGGAAGUUACGUUUAACUUAAUUGAUUAUUUGGAUAAAAUUCCAACGUCCUGUGGUCUUCACUGCACGGCACGCUGUCUAAUAUUAAUGUUAUACACGAUUCAUAUUGGACUUACACAUUAAAACUGGACGCCUACCUGUUUAGAUUUAAAAGGCGAAGAUGUCACGAUUUAAGGUGAAUACUUUUGUUACAUGUUUUGUUGCAUUGUGUGUAUGUACACUGAAAGCUGAAGCUGGAGGUGAGGAAACUUGUGGAACUCAAUUGAAGGAGUACAAAGGACAAUCAAGGAUUGCCCCAUCUAUACCAAAGAGUCAUUUGACAUUACUUCUUUUGCUUGGGUUUGGCGGAUUUUCUCUUCUUAUUGCCCGUGGUUACAAGUCACUCCGCAAGUACGUGUUUAAAGACGAUCAACAUCUUGAUACGGUAUUUGAUGCUGGUGGUCGUGUUACCUUUAGUUUGACAGCAGUAACUGUGACGUCACAAAUGUUAUGGCCGGCCGACUUUCUUCAAAGUUCAACACUUACAAGCAAAUCUGGUCUAGGUGGAAGCCUGUGGAUGGCUAUUGGAGUUGUUGUUGACAUUUUGUUGUUUCCCACUCUCUCUAUUUACUUGAAGACACGAGCACCGGGAGCUAAAACAUUCCCCCAGAUAGCGUAUGCUAGGUUUGGUAAACCAGCACAUAUUCUGUUUUGUGGUGUGGGUCUCCUGUCCAAUCUAAUUGUGACAACCAGCAUGAUACUGGCGGGAAAAUCUACGUUACAGGUGCUCGGUAAAGAUACAAACAACGAGUUUAUUGUGCUUAUUUUAGCGGUUAUGUUUGGUUCGUACUGUAUGAUUGGAGGCCUUGGUACGACGUUCUAUAUCUCAUAUUUUAACACUGCACUGACAUUUAUAACUGUCAGUGUCUUCAUUUUAUAUACUAGUUAUUCCCCUGCUGAAGAUAUCAAAGAUAUUUCAUCAGUAGAAGCUCUAUACAAUGCAGCAUCAUGUUUGAAAGCUCCUGAUGACAACUUUAACAACUCUUAUUUGACUUUCCGGUCGGCACCAGGAAUUAUAUAUGGAGUUGUCCUUAUGUUUAUGGCAACAUCGACUAGUUUUUGUGACCAGGCGAAUUGGCAAAGCAGAAUAGCGGCUAAACCAUCUCAAGGUGUUUUGGGAUUUUUCCUAGCAGCAUACAUUUGGUUUGUUAUACCGACAGCUCUCUCCUUUACAGCAACAAUGACAUAUUUUUCCCUCAGCGCUAAAAAUGGCACGCAUAUCCUUACAUUGGCGGAAAUUGACAACGGUUACAUAACUCCAUAUGUGAUGAAUGAUCUGCUGGGACAAACAGGCGGUUACUUGUUGUUAACCAUGUUGACGAUGUCACUAAUGUCGACAGGUUCAGGAGAAGUUAUGGCUGUGUCAUCUAUUAUUGUAUAUGAUAUCUACAAGACAUACAUUAAACCCUUCAGGAAAAAUAUUACACCGACAAGUUGUUUAUUGUGCGGAAAGGAAAAGUUGAAGGAAAUGUGUGCUGAAGGAAACGAUCUGUGCCAGUGUCCAUCUUCUAUUGGUUGUAAAGCAUGUGAAUUGGAUAUUGAAAACCGAGCGAGAGACGGUAUUGACAAUGUUGUUUAUACUUGUUCCACUCAUGGUAAAUACAGGCAGUAUGAAGAUGGACUUAUUCGAUAUAAGAGCUGGUGUAUGAUAUGGGUUGUAAUAGGUAUAGUACCAUAUGGUUUGCUCGUGUCGGAAACCGGAAUGAACGUAAACUGGGCAACACUAAGCACCCAGAUUCUAACGAGUCCCUUCAUAUGGCCACUGUUUUUGACAAUUACUUGGUCAAAGGCAACAUCGCAAGGUGUCAUAGCAGGCGGUAUUAUUGGAACAAUGUGUUCUAUUGCCGGUAUCCUGGCGAUGGGAUCAACAUAUGAAGGCGGACUCAGUAAUUUUUACGUUAACACUGCAGAAUCUUACAGUCUUUUAGUUGCUAUAUUAAGCGGUUUCGUUGUGAGCUGUUUAGUUUGUGUCGGUGUCUCUCUCUUUACACAUAAAAUAAGCUGUGACGCUGAUGCGGACAGGGAAUGGGCCAAAACUAUCAACAUAGAUAAUCCACUGAAGCCAUUCUGUCAAGUAUACGAGAAAGAGUUAAAAGCGGUGAAUGCAGGAACUUAUAUUACAGCCAGCACUAUGGACAUUGUGUUCAAAAAAGCGAAAUUAUAUGCUGCAGUUGGUGGUGUUGUCAGUUUGGUGAUAUUUGUGAUUAUAAUUCCAGCGAUUGCUUUAAGUUACGAGGUUCUGAAUUUUGACCAGUUCUCAUCAUGGUUAAAAACGUUUCAGAUUUACUGUUUUAUUUGUACAGUGAUAGUUGUUGUGUUGCCGCCAGUAGAAGAAUGCUUACAAAUAUGGCGGAAAUAUAAGAGAAAUGUGGUAAGCGUUGACAAAGAAAUGGGAAACUGUGUUCAAAAUGAUAUGACUCAAACUGUUUCAGAAAGAUUAUAAAAUCCUUGCCAAUUAUCGCCCUACUAUUUUCUUCAAACGAACUUAACUCUUUACCUUAAAAGUCUAUACUUAUUUAACAAUAGUCCCAGUACAGAAUUUUAGGGUAAGCCGAUGCCGACUGACGGAAGCAAUAAACGCUUCUUUAACAUUAGGAUCGACUUAACAUAAUUGCUUUAGCAAGAGCCAGGAUAUGUUUAUCAUUCUGCUUAUUUCCUAGAAGUUACUUAUUGGCCAAAUGCAUAUACCUGAAACAGCCUUAGCUUCUUUUGCGUUCAAGCAAUUAUCACAGUUACUUUGUGUUUGGAAUUGUUUACAUUUUGUUAGUUUUAUCACAAAAUCAAUCACAUUCAUUGCUUUAUUCUUAAAGUGAUAAGAAUUUCAAAGUUUCUUUAUCAAUUAUGGCAAUAUUCUAAAACCCAUAUUUGCCCUUCCUAAAGAAAAAGAAAACAAUAUGCGUUCCUGUGGCAUAAUGUGCUUAAUAUUUUAGCAAAAUCUAGGGUUAUAUAUUCAAUGUAUUUCAAGCACAAUAACCUUAAAUAGAAAACCUUCAAUUUCAAUUUUUUACAAAAUGCACAAGUCCCACAUUAGCGGGAAACAUCAGCAGUACACAUACAGAAACAUAUACAAAUACAUAAUGAAAAAUGGCAAUAUUGAAUUCUAAUGAUAAUAGUAAUAUAUAUUACAAUUUGAUGAGAAGAAAUAUAUAUUAAGUUAACAUAAUUAGUAUGACUAAUAGAUCAAAUAGAAUGCUUACACCUUUCAUAAUAACCCGAACAAAGCGAAACGAAAGCAUAUCGAAAAAAAUCGAAAGAUUUCCAGGUUAUAUACAGGCUCUAACAAAUUAACAUUCAUUUCAGUAACAAUUGUUUAUAAUAAAACAAAAAGUUUCAUAUUCGAAUCUUAGGUCUGCAUGUAUGAGAACAAAAAUGUGCGCAACAAACUUAUAGCAUAAAGAUAGUAAUUUAAUACUUAUUGUACAUAUAGCCGAGGAUACACAUUAUUUCAAAUGUCGAAACAGAAGUGUUGUAAAUAUUUCAUAUUUCAACAAAGGUGAUUAUUACAUGUUGCAUAUUUUUAACAUUUUCAUGAAAGAGAGAGGCUUAAAUUAUGUACAUGUAACAAAGACACACAUUUUCUUUUAAAUAAUUCAAAUGCCAAAAACAAGUAUAUAAAUAUGCUUUACUCAAUUUAUAAUGAUUUGUUUAUUUAACUCUUUCGUGAAACACAAGAAAAGAAAAAUAAUGCAAUAUACUAGCAGCAUAAAGAGCAUUUGUGCCAGUAAAGUCAUUUCAGAAGCCUUUCGUUUUCAAAUAUCGGACAUUUAAAAAUAUAAUGAACUUCAUCUCCUAUAUCUCUACAAAGAGUGCAUUUACGAUCGUUUACGGGUAUGUUUUGCCACGUCCCAUUGGAAGGCGAUAGUUUCUUGUUAAAAACAUAAAAAUCCAAUCAAAAUACAGAGGUAACUUGUCUAUGUACGCGCUUCUACAAAAGUUAUCUUUUAUAUAUUUAUACAAAUUCGAGUCUGAUGUAUUGGUAAUUUCAGCUCUUCGACUUUGAAUAUAGAUAUCUAUUAACUUUUGAUAGUUUGCUUUAAUAAGCUAUUUACUACAGUAACUGCUUAAACAUUGAGCAUACCAUAUUCCAGAAAAACCUGUCUUUCAUGGUGACUUAUUUGUUGUGAGUCUUUUAACAGCAUCUAGAAUUUCUUAGUCUGUUAUAGGGUCAUUUAUUUCCUCGUGUAUUGUAGCAUCAUCGCCUGUAUAAUUUUCAUUUCUAUAACCAUUAUCAUCAGCAGCUGUAUUUACAUUUAGACGUUUGAAAUACUCAAAAAAUUAAUCAAGGGAAGCAAUACUGUCCUCCUUAACAUUUGUUUUAUUAAUAAACUUAAUAAAAAUAUUGCUUAGGGUCAGUAUGUUUUAAUUUACCUAGCUUGUUGAUUGUUUUAUUAUUAAAAUUAUUUUUCGCCUUUCGUAAAACACCUUUAUACUGUUUACUUACGGAUUUUAAUAGUUCUUUGAAAUACAGCGUUUUAAAUUUGUUGUAAGCUUUUCUAGUUUUGUGAUAAGUAUCUCUCAUCAUAUUACAUGACCUAUCAAACCAUUGUAAUGUAUUCUUUCCUUUUGAUUUGUCUGAUUUUUGUGUAAGAAAUUUCUGAACUUUCUUGAAAUAAAGUUGAAAUAUAAAUACAAUAUCAUGCACGGCAGGUCAUUUUGUAAAACAAUAUCAUUCUCGUUUAAUUGGUCAAGUCUCAUUUCAAUUUCAGAAAUCUUAAAAAUAUCAAGGUUUUCAGCAAACAAUUCAGCAUAUUUUUGCAAUCCCAUAAUAUUGGUUUUGGUGUCAAUCGUUUACAUUGUACCGUUGUAUUAACAAUAUGACAUGAUUUAACUUUAAUUACAGCCUGCAGAGCACAAUGCACAUCAGAAAGUAGGCUGCAAAAUUCAUGAAUUUUAAAAUCUAGAAAGAAAGUGAUCCCUCGGAAGCAUUAAUCACAACAAUAUUACAUAAGAAUUGAAGACUCGGUUUGAUUGAGUCUGUACAUAAAGUCUACAACAUUUUCAAAAACAUAAAAUGAUGACUAAAAAUAAUCUUCAGUACUUGUGUUCUUACAGGUUAAUUAAGCAACACAAUAAUCUUCUCCAAUUCUUCCGUUCCAAAGGAACAUAUUGUUAUUUUUACACAGGUCAAUCAAUUGGUUACCGUAAUGAUUAACAACAGUACCCGUAUUCUUUUUAUUUACAUGAAUGUUAUACAAGCUGAUAUUUUUCAUAACUUCACAAUCUUUGUUUUGUAUACUUUGUUAAUCAUUCAUAUCUGAUAUAAAUGGAUCAAUAUUUAAAUAAUCAAUCAGGUUACCAUAACUUGCAUUAACAUCCCCAAAUAACAUGCAAUGUUUGUUUUUUGAAAAAUAUCUGAAUAUUUCAUUUUGGAUCUCAAAAAUGGGUCUUUAUGAGCAAAUAUUGAGCCAAUUGAGGGUACAUAAAUGACACCACAUUUCAAAUCAUUGUCAUAUAAGCUAUCAUUCGAUCCGUAUGUGUCUUUUUACAUAGAAAAAAAAUACGAGAUUACUUUCAGUUUUAGAGUCAACUUUUACAUAUGAGGCUAUUUUAUGUUUGAUCAGCAAUGCAAUACGAAACAUACAUCUUGUAGAUAGAUGUUUCAAAUACAGUCCAACAUGUCAACGUAGGCAAAAAUAAAUAGCAGCUUAAGUUUCUAUAUUGUUUUCAUACAACUGAUAUAUUGCGAACUGUAAACGGUUUGAUCGUAUUAAAAUAUAUCUCAGAUACCUAAUCAUGCAAUAACUUUUUUUACAAUUGACUAUUAAUGAAGAAGAAACCUAUAUAUAUUGCUCUUUAAGGAUUAACAAAUUAACAAAAAGGUAACUGAUAUAUUUAUGUAGAUUACCGCAGUAUAAAAAUGUAUAAUUAUCAUCAUUGUUCAAAUAGUUUUUUCUCUUCAGCUUUAUGGCCUCAAACACAUUAUGCUGAGAAACACCCUCAAUGUCGGUCCAGGCCAUGAUAUUUCCAAAUAAAAGCUUGUUGCUAUACUAUAAAUAGUAUCUGGAAAAAAGUGAUCCCUAAAAACAUUAAAACAAAAAAAUUAUAUGAAAAUUGCAGGUUUUAUCACUAUAACCCAAUAACAAUUACUUAUAGGCCUAUUGAUUUGGUGUGUUUGUGAUGUAUAUAAUAAAUAUGUAACCAGAUUACAUUAAACUAGACUAUUAAAAUGUAUUUGUAUGUUCACAAAUGUUACGUAAAUAAAAAUAUGUAUUUUUCUUA